AUGGGGUGUGAAGAGCCUAGAUACAAGUUGGACAACGGAAAGGGUAAGAAGAUCCCUCACAAGAUUUUGAGGUACUUUCCAUUGACACCAAGAUUGAAGAGAUUGUAUAUGUCCAAGAAGACCGCUACAGAUAUGAGAUGGCACAAGGAGAAACGUGUGGAUGAUGGAAUCUUGAGGCAUCCAGCUGAUGCUGAGGCAUGGAAAGACUUUGAUCGGCAACAUCCUAUGUUCGCCAUGGAUCCACGAAAUGUAAGGCUAGGGCUCACCACCGAUGGUUUCAAUCCAUUCGGAAAUAUGAACACUUCAUAUAGUAUGUGGCUUGUUAUCCUAAUGCCUUACAACCUCCCACCAUGGAAGUGUAUGAUAGAGCCUUUCUCCAUGAUGUCAUUGCUUAUUCCUGGACGAUCGGCUCCUGGAAGAGAUAUCGAUGUUUACUUACGGCCAUUGAUUGAGGAGUUGAAGGAGUUAUGGGGGGAUGGGGUGCGAACUUAUGAUGCGAAAAACGAAGAGUCAUUUAGAAUGCAUGCUGCACUGAUGUGGACCAUCAACGACUUCCCUGCAUAUGGUAACAUGUCCGGGUGGACUACUAAAGGUUAUUUGGUUUGUCCCACUUGUAAUGAGGACGCAUCAUCACAAAGGUUAACAAGUGCAGACCGUUGGACUUAUAUGGGUGCUCGUCGUUACUUGCCCGAGAACCACAGAUGGCGAAUAAGCAAGUUGUUUAACGGACAAAGUGAGGUUAGGUGCAGACCGUUAGAGUUAUCAGGGGAGCAAUUAUUAGAGCAAAUUCAGACUGGGACAUACAAGCCGUUUGGAAAACAUCCAAAUAACAGGAAAAGACAAAGGGACAAAAAUCCAGUGUUGAAUUGGGCAAAGAGAAGCAUUAUGUUUGAAUUGCCUUACUGGAAGACGCUUAAGCUUCGACACAACCUUGAUGUCAUGCACAUAGAGAAGAACAUUUGUGACAAUUUGAGGGGGACAUUAUUAAAUGUGGAUGGGAAGAACAAGGACACAGAAAAAGCACGGAUUGAUUUAGCAAAUUUAAAAAUUCGGAAGGAGUUACACCUACAGAGUCGUGGUGAUGGGUCAUUUGUGAAGCCUCCAGCUAUGUACACAUUAUCCACGAAAGAAAGACAAGGCUUUGGUGCUUUUUUGAAAUCAAUCAAGUAUCUCGAUGGUUAUGCAGCAAACAUCUCCAAUUGCGUGAAUACUGACAGUGGAAAUUUCUUCCAACAACUGUGUUCAAAGACGUUGAAGGUGACAGAUUUACAGAAACUAGAGGAUCAAAUCAUAUUUGUACUGUGCAAGCUUGAGAAGAUUUUUCCACCAGCUUUCUUUGAUGUCAUGGUUCACUUGGUUGUUCAUUUGCCGCGUGAGGCAAUAUUGGGAGGGCCAGUGCAAUAUCGAUGGAUGUACCCAAUUGAACGGCUACUUGGAAUGCUAAAAGGAUUUGUUCCCAAUAAAGCUCAUCCUGAAGGAUCAAUUGCUGAGGCAUACAUUUCCAAAGAGUGUACAACUUUCUGCUCGAUGUAUCUUGAUGGAUUUGAAACAGUGCUUAAUCGAGAAGAGAGGAAUGAUGACGGUGGUGAUCACGGCUUGGGGUUAGCCAUCUUCUCUCAAAAAGUUCGUCCAUUUGGUCUAAUCAAUAGGGCACCAGAUGUGCCUCUCCACGAACGAGAGAUGGCUCAGUGGUUUGUCUUAUACAAUAGCUUUGACGUGGAACAAUAUCUACAGGAACACAAGAACAUUUUACAAAAUGGAAGUACAUGUGACACCACAGAGAGGCAACAGGAUGAAUUUCCUAAGUGGUUCAAAGAACGUAUAAAUCAGUUGCGGAAUCAAGGGUCGCCGGAAGCAACGGAUGAAUUGUGGUCGUUGGCCAAUGGUCCUAGUGCAAUAGUCAACACAUAUUCGGGAUGCAUUUCUAAUGGUGUUCGAUUUCAUACCAUCGAUCGUGAUAACUGUCGUAAAACUCAAAAUAGUGGGCUGGUUGUAGAAGGGGAGCAUGAGGGUCAUUCAAUGCGUUUCUACGCUCAAGUAGAACAAGUAUUCUACGUUAAUGAUACCAAAUUAGGUGGGAAUUGGAAAGUUGUAGAACGAUUCCACCAUCGAGGAAUAUGGAAUGUGCCAGAGAUGGAUGGUUUACCUGAUGAUGCUCUAAAUAGUGUGUUCCAACAAAAUGAAACCACCGAGGUUGUACCAAUUGUGAACGGAAACGGUAUGCAAGUUGAAGGCGGUGGCAAUUAA